AUGCUGGUGUCCUUGAGUGAAAAGCUCAGAAUACUAAACAAGGCCAAAGCGCACUGGGAGGAAACCAAAAACUAUAUACAGAGUCAAGCUUAUCAAGUUGAGGAAGCGAUUAAGGAGGAGUUUGAGAAUCUACGCCGGUUUCUUCAGGAGCAGGAAAACCGUAGACUGGAGGUGCUUAAACAGGAAGAGGAAAUUAAAACCCAGGUGAUGUGUGAGAAGUUGGAAAACAUCGAGGGCCAGAUCAAAACCCUCUCUUCCACCAUCAGUGAUAUUGAGGAAGCCCUCAGAGCGAAGGACUUACCAUUUCUACAGGACUACAAGCAGACAAAGAAGAGGGCCAAAAGCAACAUUCAACAGCCAGAGUGUAUCAGAGAUAUCCUGAUCAACUCUGCAAAGCAUUUGGGAUUACUGAGGUUUGGAAUUUGGAAGAAGAUGGCCAACAUUGUCACAUGUGUUCCCAUCACCCUGGAUCCAAACACUGCUCAGUCCAACUUAAAGUUCUCUGGAGAGUUGACCUGUGUACAAUACAGCAGUAAGCAGCUCCUACCUGACAACCCUGAACGUUGCACCAGCCGUGUGUGUGUGCUUGGAGCGACUGGCUUCACAUCCGGGAAGCACAGCUGGACCGUGGAGGUGGGCCAGGGCAAAGACUGGUACAUUGGAGUGGCACAAGAGUCCAUCAAGAGGAAGAGUAGCGUCUUCCUCAACCCGAGCGAGGGUUUUUGGGUGAUCGGCCUGUGCAAUAGAAACUCAUUAUGGGCCCAGACCUCGCCUCGCACCAAGCUUGUGAUGAAGCAGAUGCCUGAGAAGAUUACUGUACAGCUGGACUAUGACAAAGGAAAGGUCGUUUUCAUCAACGCUGCUGAUUUGACAACAAUACACGCAUUCAAAGACAAAUUUACAGAGAGGAUUUUCCCCUACUUCUCCCCUGGAUUGUGUGCAAUGGGGGAAAUGUCAAUCCCACUGAGAAUCUGUCCUCUGACAGUAACUGUGUGUGUAGGGUAGUCACAUACAGGAAAGCACAUGGCACUAGAGCUGAAGAAGAC